AUGUUAGCAUCCAUUUCACAAAUGGAAACGGUGCGCUCUUUCCCCGGCACCUCUGGUGGCUCCAUGCGACAACCCUCCGCAGAGGAUCUAGAUGCUGCUCAGCAGCUGAUCUCUUCCGCACAGGCUGGUCGCGAACAUCUAGCUCGGCAGUAUGGCGAUUCUACUCCGAUCAAGGGCACGACGAGUCCACCCCCAAAUGGACCACCAUCGGCAUCUGGAUAUUCAGCCGAUGGGAGAUCAGAUAGUCAGCCCCCGGGCAAAACCUCUCCCAAGUCUCAGAAGGACACAAGCUUUCUGGGACAUUCCUGCAGCAAUUGCGGAACCAAAAACACUCCACUUUGGCGUCGAUCUCCAACAGGUGCGAUGAUUUGUAAUGCAUGUGGUCUCUACCUCAAGGCUCGCAAUGUGGCUCGCCCGACAAAACGAAACCGUGCCCAGCAAAAUACGGAACCCGAUAAGCUCAACGCCCCCUUCCUCAAGCCGACACGACCACAUCAUCAGGAGGCGGCUGCAAAGGCUCCUGCCCCGGUGGUGGAAGUUGCAAUGGUACUGGAGGUGCGGAAGGAUGCGAUGGCUGUCCAGCAUACAACAAUCUCCUCUCAACGAGGGACUCCUGCCAUCCAACCCCAAUGGGGUCGCGUCCCAGAGACAGAAAUUCUUCCUGCGCCUCCGCAGGUAGAAACCCCUCCCAAGAUUCCAUCCAAUGCGGACGGAAACUCUACGCUUGUUGCUUGUCAAAAUUGCGGUACGACAGUAACGCCACUUUGGCGCAGGGAUGAGCAUGGCCAUCCCAUCUGCAACGCCUGUGGAUUGUAUUAUAAGCUGCAUGGCUGUUAUCGCCCAACCACCAUGAAGAAGUCGAUCAUCAAACGCCGGAAACGUGUCGUACCAGCUCUGCGAGAUCAAUCUCCUACCGCGGCUACCCAGUCCUCGAAUGGAUCAUCGGCAUCCCCUGAAGCUUCCCCCGCUGCCUUGGCCCACUCUCACGACGACCAUUAUCGAUAUAUGAGCGGAGAGCCCAUGGACCACAUGCCCCGACCUCUGCCGUUCGCACCGCCCCCGGUUGAUUUCACUGGCUUCCAUAUCAGCUCCGCCCCCAUGCAGCACCAUCAAUUCCCCAAAUUGCUGGAGCCAGAGAGGUUGGGCCCCUCGCCGGUGUCUUACGGACGACGAUCUGCAUCCCCAAAUUCGAUCAACCUACCGCAGAAACGGACCUUGGCGGAGACCACUUCGGAUUCCCUUCCCACAACCCCUAUGGAGUCAAAUCAGCUACCGCCCAUUAUGUCUUCAGUAAAUCCAUCGCCGCCAGGCCGUUUGAGCUCGAUCUCAUCCAUUCUUAACCGCACCGAGAAUCGCGAUGAUUCACGGAUGGAAUCGCAUAUGAAUCGACCUCAGGCACUUCAGCCUUCUUUAGGACAUGCUGGGCAUCAGCAAUCAUUGCCCGGCAUCUCUUCCUUGACUGACCCGUCAGUCGAGAGACGUGCACAACUCGAGCGAGAGGCCGAGUUGAUGCGUGAAGCCCUCCGACAAAAGGAGCGGGAACUGGCCGCAAUUGGCCGAUAG